AUGACGCGGAAGAAAAUAUUCAAGCCUCACAGAUCAAGUUUGCAGAGGCCACAAAACCUGGAGGAGGGGCUCCCAGCUGGGGUGGAUCGGCCGUCGCUCGGCAGCCGGGUCGAGUGGGCGAUAUUCACUGGGGCGCCCCCUGCCGGGCCCCACCCCCCCACCCCGAGCCGCCGGCGGCCGGCCAGCCAGGCGCCCCCGGGCAGAGACGACCCCAAGCUCUCGCUCUACGCCCACGUCCGCCUGGAGCCAGUGAGGCCGCGCCGGGCGGAGCAGGAGGAGCCCAAACGGACGGUGACCUUUCACCCCUUCGCCCCCCCGCAACGCCUGCGGCUGGUGGUGAGCCACGGCUCUAUCGCCCUCGCCGUGGCCUCCAGCGAGGAGUCGGCCUGAGGCUCUGGGGCCAGGAGGGGCCCAGCUCCCUCCUCACCUGGCUGCCCCCCCCCAGCCCACCUACCCCACUGGACAGAGCUUCUCCGGAGCUCCUCCCCCGCCAGGGGUGGAACCGGCCCCGGGGGGGUUAUUUAUAGUCAGUCGGACAGGGGGCCCCAGGCCUGAUAAGGGGGGUGGAUGCGAACAGGCUACUGGGACGUGGG